AUGUCUCGAUCAAUGGUUAUCUUGAAGGCUUUUCACGCACGUUUUGUACGUCAUUUUGCCUUCUUCAUGGAGCAGAAGUGUCCUGUAAUGUCCCACGUAUUUAACGUGACAAAUCGAUCAACUUCGGGACUUCAAAUAACAAUGGACCAUUUAACAUUUUUUCUGUCUCCGCUGGAAAUCUCAGACGAUCGUAUCCGCUAUUCACUCUUAUCCAUUGGCAGAGGUGCUCUAUGA